GAACGGUAUACACUUAUCGUAUUUAUUUAUAAGUAAAUAAGCAUUUGCAUUUGUAGAAGCUAAAAAUGAUAUAUGAUUUGAAAAUAAUGCCCAUUGAUUUGCUAAAAAGUGUUAAAAUUUAACUGUUCAAAGCAGUUCGUUAUGUAUUAACGUGUUGCAGCGCAAAGCUCGGCUAACAAAUUUAUGUAUGUAUUCAGUGAAAAUGUGAAGAAAAUAUUUGUUGCAAAGGUCUACUUCAAACUAGAUAGUUACAAGAUUUUUCAAUGCGCUGCUUUUUUGCUGCUCUUUUGUAGUCCAUUGAGCUGUUCAACCAAUAUAUGUGAACAUAUAUAUAAAUAUACACAUAUAUAUUAUAAACAUUAACCUUAUUGCAAAGUGUUCAAAGCAUAAUUAAUAAAUUCAGCCAAUACAAGAAAGAGGCUUGAAUUCGUGGUUCGCCGUAAUGAUACCCUUGCAGAAACGAUUCAGGGGCCGGCUGUCUUUUACAGUCGUACUCUUGAUCGCAAAUAUCGUACUAUCGAGCUAUACACAAUCGGGCACAUUCGCAGCCACUCACUCCGCUGGCGGUACGGCGCGCACCCCUGCGGUAAAUGCGAAUUCGAAUUCGAAUUUACGCCUAGCGCUGCCGCGAACUAGUGCUAGCCAAAUAAAUAGCGGGGCUACCGCUGCGGCAAGCUUUAAGCUUGCUGCAAAGACAUUAAACUCGACGCGUAAUGGAAACUUGCGAACGAGAGAACAACAAUUGCUGAGUAUAUUUGAGAUAAUUAUCACAACGCUUGAGGGAAAAUUGAAACGAAUCGACAACCUGGGCAGAUCAGUGGAGGAUCUAAUGGAGCACAUAGAAAGUCUGGAGAAUCGUGUUACCAACAAUGUAGAAAAGACUGAAGAGGCGCUGUCGAAACUAAGUAGUCUCGAUUCUAAGCUUUCAAAUGUGGUUUACAUUGUACCCGAAACGGGUGCUCGUCCAGACAGUGAAAUGCAUAAGCCUAUAACCGCUAGCUCUUCCACGUUCCAAAUCGAUAGCCGGCUCGUGAAGUUGGAUCAGAAAGUCAGCGACAUUGACUUGAAGCUUGAAGUGCUGAAAACGCAAAUAGACAACAACUUUUUGCAAGUAGAUGAAUUUAACGCAGAGGCAAGCGAGAAAAAGCCUAUUACAAUGAAUGUUGUGGAAAUUACGAAAGCAAUGACAGCCGAAGUUAUGACUCAUGUGUCCGCCGAAGUCAACCAAUUGCGCGAUUCAACCGAAAACAUUGACAAAAAAUUGCAGUUCCAUAUAAAUAUUGAGUCGGAAAAUAUAGGCCGUAUGCUGCGUAUGAUUAACGACAUUCAUGAUGCUGUUGUCGAUCAUCACGAGCAAUUAAACGGAUUCAAUGUCACAACAACGGCCUUUCCAGCCAUUAAGUCUAGUAAAAUUGAUGCGCUUGUCAAGCAAAUGCGUCCAAUGGUUUCGGUUUCCGAAAAAAUGGACGAAGUGUGGGACGUCGUGCGGCAAGAACGUGCAAUUGGAGAAAUACACCAGGACCUAAAAACAAAAACCAAUUUGAUAAUCAACAAUUUAGAUAUGGUUGAAAAACGAUUAAAAAAGCAAGAGGAUGAUGUUCAAAUACUUGCACAGCGACCAGGUCCCAGUGAACUUUUGGGAGAUCCAACUAUUGAUCGUUUGGUGGAGUACGAUCCAAGCAGGUACUCUGUUAUUGAUGAAAGCUUGACCGAUUUAAAUGAGCCAACCACAACGCCUUCAUCAACGACACAAUCUUCUAUGAAAUAUAAUACGUCAACAGCUAUUUACCCAACAUUGGGCACGCCUACUAGUGCUAUGAACAGCCAAUCUACUUCUUCCAGCACAAAUAUCAACAAUAUACUGGGCAUUAUGGUUAAUGCAACACCAGUCACUGCAUCUUCUUCUUCGUGGAAUACAACACCGACAAAAUCAGUUGUUCGGAAAGGCGGCGUUAUCUUUCCAAGUGUCAAGAACAAACCAGCAGUAGUAAAUAACACAUUUACCAAUGAUAUAAUUACACUAAAGGAUGUUAAGGGUUUCUCCUGUGUAGAUAUCUUAAAUGCUGGCAUGAAACAGUCUGGAGUAUUUUACCUACAAAUUCGUGGAACAACAUAUUGGUUCUUAAAGGUGUAUUGUGAACAGGGUAUCUCAGAUGGUGGUUGGACGGUGAUUCAACGGCGGGAUGAUUUUGGAGAGCCGCGUGAAAACUUCAAUCGCGAUUGGGCGGACUAUAAAAAUGGAUUUGGUGAGCCUGCAAAAGAGUUUUGGUUAGGCAACGAAAAUAUUUAUAUGCUGACAAAUAAUGAAGACUACGCAUUGCGGGUAGAACUAGAGGAUUUCGAAGGUAACAAGCGGUUUGCACAGUAUUCGCAUUUUAAAAUACACUCGGAGGCAGAUUAUUAUAAGCUGGAAAUCGAUGGAUACGAAGGAAACGCUGGUGAUUCAUUAAAUGAUCCAUGGUAUGGCUCCAACAAUAGCCCAUUCUCAACAUACAACAAAGAUAAUGAUCGAAGCUCGCUCAACUGUGCAAGUAUGCUAAAGGGCGGCUGGUGGUGGAAGUCAUGUGGUCGUGGAUUAAACGGACUUUAUCUGCAUGAUCCUCAAGACUUGACUGCCCGACAGGGUAUUGUAUGGUUUCGUUGGCGGGGCUGGGACUACACUUUGAAAAAAGCAACUAUGAUGAUACGACCUCGGAUGCCCCAACCACAGACCCUGGGCUCAGUGACUGCAAAUUAGAAUUUUCUAUUAAUGUAUUUUAAUGUAAUGAGAAUUGUUUUUUUACUGUGAGAAAAAAACUUCUGGUAUGUUAUGAGUGUACGUCCAUAUAAUAGCAAAUCAUGCAUUGUAGCCAAUUUUUAUGCAAACUUUCUUUAACUUUAGCUUUUUACCCUUAAAAAUAAUAACUUAUUUGUAAUUUCUUCUUGUAGCGACAUAAAACUAGUUAAUAAUUUUUAAAUUAUUCAAUAACGUUAUAAGUAUUAUUCUUAAAAUGCUGCAAUCAUCCCAUUCAAAUUGUAAAUAUAAUCACUGUUAAUCUGUUUGUAUCUUAUUUAUAUAAAAGAUAAAUUUGUUUGCAAAAAUGUCGCAUUUUAAACUUGACUUUACUCACCAUUCUGCUGUCUAGCUUAUUUCCUCCUUUUGACAAAUGGUUACGGCCAAUGGUAGCCGCUCUGGGACUGGCUCGAUGAUGCUAAGCACAUUUUACUAAUGUGUAUGAAAUGAGAUGAUAUAUUUAACGAAUUAGAAGGCGCGGACUCGUGUGCGCCGGAAAAAUAGCAUAGCCACCAAAAAGAAACAAAAAGCAACGGUGAAGUUGGAGCCAAAA